AAACCGAGCAACCUUUCAUGCACAAUCUGAGAUUUGAGCUCAGUGAUCGUUGUGUAGUUCCUCAGAAUGGAUCAACACUGAGGAAGGAGGGCAGUAAUUUAUUGGAAUUUUUACAGAAACUAAAGCAAAAUGCCGUUGUUGGAUAAGAAGCCCCCGAAAGGUGUUGUUGCUCGGCAAAAAGCAGGGCAGAAACCUCAUACUUCCAUCAGCCUUCGCACGGCAGAUAAAAAAGGCAACGAAACUGUCAGCUCCGAUGGAGGAAGUGCUCUGCGCCCUAUAAUUGACUCCGAUUCUGAUUCGGAUGACAAGCAUUCGGAAGUACUUCCGGCCACCGAUGUGACCGUUUAUAAUGCAUACGAUAUGGGACCCGCUUUCGGUUGCAAGUUCCCAACGCAAUUCAUAGGAUUAAUGGUCGAGCGGUGCCUAUAUGAAAAACUAAAAGGUAAAACAUAUCAAAUGGACUCUGCCGCAAAAUUGGCGCGCGAUGUAGCCGAUGGAAUAAACUUAAAAAUGAAAGGCUCUUGCCUGCAACACCGUUACAAGCACGUAAUUCAAGUCAGCAUAUAUCAGCAGACAGGUGCUGGUUUUUUUCAUGGCUUUCGCGCUGUUUGGGAUACGCUUUCUGAUGAUUAUAUAUGCAAAACCAUUGAUAUGGGCACUUUUGUGUGUAUCGUCGUGGUAUUUGGUUGUUAUCAGUAUUGAAUUAAAUUAGUUGCACAUAGCACAUUAGCACCUGUUGCAUUAUUCAAAUACUUUUGGAAGUGCGCGCAAUAACAACUGUGGUA